AUGCCGGCCAGACAGCCGGAUGAUCAAGGUCAGCGAGGGGACGUGCAGAAUGCUGGUAGCGGGGAGGAAAGUUCUACUGACAUGAGUUUUUCGCCUCAAAGCCCAGUAACACUUAGAACCCCGAAGCCAUAUUCCCAAAAUCCCCAGGCUCCAGCAGUUGAUGGCCCAACCCAACUCCCCUCGCCCCCCAAUUACUAUGAGAAUCAAAGUUCCGUAGCGAACUUCCUUAAACUCGAUAUCCAAAAAGCAGCCUCCCGAACGCCGAUUCUCCAAUCUUUAUAUGAUGGUGAAAGUCGGGUUUCCGACAAAUCUUCGAGCCUAGAUAGCAUGAGCCACGCGAUUGACGUCGAUGCGUUAGACAAAAUCGUUGCUCGAGGACGGUCCCCAAAAUUACGAACCGACAAUGUCCAGGAUGAAGAAAGCAUGUAUGACCAGAGUUCAACGUCCUCGCCUCGCUAUGCCAGCUCUCGUGAGCCCUCGCCCUCAAAGCCGUCAGACAAUCCCGUACCACAGCCAAGGAUGGGAGUGUUGAAGGUUGUUGGGACUGACGAUCAAAACAAUUCAGAAGUGAUAAUUGGCGAUGUCCGUUACCGACGCUCUGACCCUCUUGCCCCUCGUCAAGACAAUCCAGAUAUUCCCACUGUUGACUUUGGGCCAACACAAGUUUAUAUGCCCACGACCAGGCGACCUAGCACCGCAGAUACACAAGCUCUGUUAACUCACAAGCGGAUUCCUUCAUAUACUACUAUUGGACGCGAAAGGCGAGGGUCUUCAAGGGAGACAAGCCACGGUAGUGACAGUAAGACUCCAUCCAGCGAUGAACACCAGCGAAGUAUGAUCUGGCAACCCGGGAUGGUGAGUGGGCCAGCGAGCCCUGGGCCCCAUAUCACGCCUGAAGAGUUUGUUCAGCGGAAAGUGGACGCGAAUCGGCUCACCUCUCAUCACCGUUUCCCAUCUGCUAUUAUCCAACCUCGACCAGCAUCUGGCGAUUGGACAAACUACCAGCGCCAACAACCAAUGGCGCAGGACAUGCCUGCGCGCCCGCACUCGCGAGGUGCUAGUGUAAUGUUGGGUAACACCGGAGCCGGAAGCACACCAGGCAAAACAUCACCUGGUGAUCGGGCCAAUACAGCACGACCCCAAUCAAUGAUGCGAGAAAUGAUUCCUCGCCCGCACUCUCGUGGAGCAAGUGUUAUGCUUGGGUGUAAUGACAUCUCCACCCACCUUUCUGCACGGGAGCAAGAAUAUGUAGCGCGAAUGACUGGGUCUUCUUUCUUCAACGUCUCCAGCGAAAAGCAAAGUGAAGACCAAAUUCACGGCGCAGGCCUCGUAAGCGCGAUAGAUGCUAGAGAACGCGACAAAAAGGCUAUAAAGGAGGGUUUUAGCAGCGCAAUGGUCCAACAAGCUAUCGCACAACGCCAAUCCUUAGAGACGCUCUUCCAGCCAGUACAGCACCCAGUAGGUUCACAUUUUCCACCACAACAUUACCGAUAUAACAGCUCGAAUGGCAUGGUUGGCGGCUAUGGCUCCAUUAACCCACACCAGCAACAAUCAGCAAGUCAACAACAACAAUACCAACGCCAACGCCAGCCAUCUUGGUCAAGUAGCCAGCAAUUUCGCUCGCCACAGCAGCAGCAGCCGCCGCCCAUGACAACAACUCCAGUAGGAUAUCGACCAAAUCCUUAUUACCAACCACCAUCAUCAUAA